AUGUCCCAAAUUAUACCUUUUGGACUUCAGCAGCUGAUGCAACUGUCAGAUGUGGUAUUCAAGAGAGAGGUAUCGUGCUUCAGUUCUCAAUACUCCAUAUCAAUGUUUGGCAGAGUGACCUUUCGACUGGAAGGUUGGCUUGAUAUGACCGUACUGGACAACAAUAAUGAACAGGUUGCCGAAUUUCAAAGGCCAAUUAAUUGCUUCUCCUCACCGUGUGUUGAAUUGCAUAUGAAAGGACGUCAAAUAGCUACCAUUCGUCUGAAGAAUUUCUGCAGCUCGCGACUUGUCUUGUCGGAUAACCACGACCGUCCCAUGCUCGUCAUCAAACGACCUUUGGCCCUCCACAGGAAUAGUACUUUUCAUAUUCUGGGUGCAGGAGACAUUAAAAUCGGCAAAAUCAAGAAGGACUGGUUGAAGUACAAUGUCCAGUUUCCCAUGGACCUGGAUGUGCAAUACAAGAUGGCUGUUCUUGCCGCGUGUUACUACAUUGACAUAACAUGGUACACGAGGUAAAAUCCUUAUGUAAGUUACAUCCCUUCCAAAUGGGUGCGAAAUACCAACCGGAAUAUCGGUCGAUAUUAUUAUUUUUGUUAUUUUUUAUGUCACAUAAUAAUAAUAAUGUAAAUGCAACUUAUAAUGUAAUGUAAAUGCAAUGCCAUGUAUUGUUUAAUGUAUCAUCAAUUUUGAAUGACAUGAACACUGUUGGAUAAUUAAAUUCGUUUUAUCUAUAAAUAUUGAGUGAUAUAACCACUAACUUGUAACGUAUAAUAUUGUUACAAUAAAUAAUAUCAUUUCAUUACUAUGGUAGUGUUGCCGAACCAACAAUUGUGGACCUAGACACUGUUGACACGGCUAUCAAUCGUAUAGAGACUAUCGACAGUAUCUACACUAUCAAUAUUAUUAAGUGUAAGUAUUCCAUUUGAACUACUUUCCAAAUGACCAUAUUUUAUGAGUCCCUAAUAGGUGUAAAAUAACAGUUUUGUACUAUCCCAAGGAGCACACUUUAUACGCCUUGAAACUGUUAUAACUAUA